CCCUCUCCUCCCCUCCUCCCCUCCUCCUCCCCCCUCCCCUACCUCCCUUCCUCACUCCAACCCCUCCUUCCCCCCUCUCCCCUCCCUCCCUCCCUCCCUCCCCCCUCCCCCCUCCCUCCCUCCCCCUCCUCCCCUCCCUCCCUCCCCCCUCCCUCCCUCCCCUCCCUCCCCUCCCUCCCAAGCGUUACCUUGACAACGACGAUCCUGCCAUCGUUGUCGUCAUCAUCAUCAUCAUCGUCGUCAUCAUCAUCAUCGUCAUCAUCGUCAUCAUCA